AUGCAGAAGCCCAUGAUCAUGGAGAUUCUUUCAAGCCAACUAAUGGCUAUCAUGGGGACUAUAGAUUUUGCACUUGGAAAGGUUACAAACUCUGGCCAAGUUGGCUACAUGGUGAUUGCUGAUCUAGCUGAAUUUGAGAUGACCACAAAUGAGCUAGAAGUAAAGCAAUCAUAUGUGGUGGUUGAUGAGGAUAGAAUCAACAUUCAUGGUGCUGCAGAUAUUGGCCACAUGAUGAUCAGGAAUAAUGUGGGAACUAUAAACUUUCACUUGGAACUGUUGCAGAUUCGGGCAAAGUGGGUACAUGCUGAUCCAACUGAAUUUGAGACGAUUGCAAAGGUAAUCAACCAUGGCAUAUCAGAAAAUUUGUUGCAUGACACCAUGGAUGUAUUCAGGGAGUUUUUUGAGCUGCCUCCAGAGGACAAGGCAAGCUUCUUCUCUGAGGACCCUAACAAACUCUGCAGGCUCAUAACUAGCACCAGAAAUUAUGAUAGGGAGAAUGUUCAUCUUUGGCAGGAUGCCCUCCGACACCCUUGUCAUCCUUUAGAUAAAUUCAUUCCACUUUGGCCUCAGCAACUGCUUAAAUAUCGAGAGCAUGUUGGCAAAUGUUCCACCCAAGUGAGGAAAGUAGCUUUGAACAUUUUGGAGUUGAUCAGUGAAGGACUUGGGAUUGAAUAUGGGCACUUCAGUGAUGAACUUAGCCAAGAGACUGUACUCUCAGUUAAUUAUUAUCCACCUUGCCCAGAUCCAUGUUUGACAUUAGGAAUAACUAGACACUGUGACCCAAACCUCAUCACAAUUUUACUUCAAGGGGAUGUACAUGGCCUUCAGGGUUUUAAGGAUGGGGAAUGGAUUGGUGUGGAACCUCUUCCGCAAGGACUAGUGGUUAACAUAGGCUAUCAGUUACAGGAUUUUUCUUACGCUAUAAAUCAUAAACAUCAAUCAAUCUUCUUUACAAUGACAAUUAAUUUUGGUUUUCUUGGGAUGCAGAUCAUAAGUAAAGGGAAGCUGAAGUGUGCUGAACAUCGAGCACUGACGAAUCCAAGUAAUGCUUGGACAUCUGCUGCAUUUUUCAUUGCACCUUCCCAAGAUUGCCAUAUACAACCUGCAACAGCUCUUAUCAACGCAAGCAAUCCCCAAGUCUAUAAAGGCUUCCAAUACAAAGAGUUCCUUUCCAACUACCUAAUGAAGGAGGGCAACACCGAAGUUGUACUUGAGCCCUUUGAACUCCAAGUUUAG